UAUUUUGAUACUCGUCAAAGGAUGUACUUUUUAUACUAAAAAAGCUGCACGCAAGUAAAACUUUAUUUUCUAUAGCAGCAAGAUUGGUGGCAUUGCAUACGUUAUAGAUAUCGCAGAGCUACACCGAUUGACUUUAUAUUUGUGUAAAAAUCAUAUUUUAUAUAACGGGCUAUUGUACUUUUUUAAUAUUUCGUACGUAACGCAUUGUCAUUCCAAUGAAAUUAUUACGAUGAAUAAAAAAAUCAUUUGUACAAAAUUUUCUUCCAAUUUUGUCAGACAUAGUAAUCUUUUACCGAUUUUCAAAAAUGUUAAUAUAAAUUCUUAUUUAAUAUUAAUUUACUUUAUCAAAUAAUGUAAGAUUAAAUGCUUCUAGUUACUUUUAAUAGAAUACGUGUAAUAGUUCUGUUUACUCACUCAAAAUUACCGCGCAUCAGAAGAAAACAAAGACCGACUUCGAACAGAAACAGAACAAAGGACCCGCCCUUGAGGUUUAUGAUCGUCAAGAAAGAUUAACGUAUGUUCUCUGCCUCUUAUGUUAAUUUUUUUUAACUAGUAAUCACUGAUUCAUUGGUUGACUAAGUAAAAAGGAGAAAUAUAUGUGGUAAAUUGUAAUAUUUUAUAUUUAAUAAGACCGCGUAUAAAAAGUUUUUUACCCAAUUAAUGAUCUUCCAAUGAUUUUUAGAUUUCUUUUAACCAAUAGCGGUUUAGAAACUUAUUUUCCGAACACGUUGUAGUAAACGGUUUUCUUAUCCUUUAUUUUGUUCUUUAAUUAACAUUUACAAUAAUUCUUUUUUGUUAAUUUUUUUUCCAGGCGAUUAGAAUAAGUUAUUCUUUAAUUUUGUUGAUCAAAAAAUCGAUAUAUCAAUAACGAUUUAUAAUCCACGUAAGUAAAAUCAAUUAUCAUCCUUCAAUCGUUCUAAGACAAAAUACUUUAACGACAUUCUAUUUAUUAUAUAUCAGGAUUUAUCAUUUGUUAUUAUUUAAAGUAGAUAUUCUUCUUUUUAUAUUUAAUAUCAUAUUGUUUAUCGAUUGUCAUAUAUUUGCCGGUAAAUGGAAACUAGUAUAAGUUGCAUUUAUUACUUAUAUAAACAAAGAUCAUAUGUGUAUUUAUAGAAAUGCAUGUAUAUAUACAUCUGUCAUGAAUUUCGUUUACAUAAAUUAAAUUAAGCAUUAAUUUAAAAAAAAAAAAAAAAAAAAAAAGGAAAAAGGAAUAUGAUGCAUGCAAAUCAAACUGAUUAUCAAAAUUUUAAUCUUUACUUUUUUAUAAGUAUACAAUAUUUUUAUGAUUUCUUUUUGAAGAAUUAUGGAAAUAUCUCCUAGAAAAUCUUCAAAACGAACACAAGAACAUGUAGAUGAAUGGUUACAAAGCCAAGGAUAUUUUCGAAAGCAUAUUCCUAGGGACCCAACUUGUUUGUUUAGAGCUGUUAGCGAACAAGUUUAUUUAACACAAUACUAUCAUAUACGAGUAAGAAAAGAAUGCGUAGAAUUCAUGCGACAAAAGAAGCAUUUAUUUGAAGAGUCUAUAACAAUUCCAUUUGAUAAUUACCUAGAACAAAUGGCAUGUUUCACAGAAUCAGGUGGUCCGAAUGAAAUUCAAGCUAUAUCUUUGCUUUACAAAAAAGAUAUAAUUUUGUUUAAUGGACAGAAACAAACGUGUAAAUCAGUGACUAAUAAUGGUUUUACAAAUCAUAUAUAUUUAUGUCAUACGCCACAGAAACAGUAUGAAAGCGUAUAUAAUAAAAAUUUUGUUAUGGCUGCUGGCUUUUGUCAAUCUAUUAUGUAUCAAAUUCUGUAUAAAAAUGUAUUUGAUAUGAAAAAUGUGGAUAAUACUGUUCACAAAAUGCUACAUGAUCGAAGUUCUACCCUGAGACAUGAUAAAUUUUUCUUGAAAGGAAAUCUUGAGAUAAGAGAACAGUUGUCUGCAGAAAUAUAUAAAAGAAUUGAAAAUGGCUGUGAGACAACAGGGGAUAUGUACUGUUUCUCCAAAGGUGUACCACCAUUCCCUUAUAGAGUUGCUAAAGCUAUUGAUGUUAAUAUUUAUAGAAAUAUUGACUUCGAUGUAUGGCAUGAAAUUAGACGAGAAAUAAAAAAUGCUGGUUGGACAAGAUAUAACAGUAAUGGUCUCCAAAUUGGAGAUAAAUGUUUAAUUGAAAUGAACUUUAAUAAAAAUGACUUGGAUGGAAUUAAUAAUAAUACAAGAGCCACUUCAGAGGACAAUCAAGGUUGUAAUGAAACAAAGACAUUACAAAAAAAAUCGGAUCAAAAUCCUACAAUCUUUUGUGGACAUAUUCAAGAAAUAAGUAAAAACGAAGGUUCCGUAGUAGUAUUUGUAGAAGAACUUGGAGAAAAAAAGACUGUACCAUAUUCUUCUCUCAAACCAUUAUCUUUGCGAAAAAAUAAGCAGAGCAAUUGGGCAUCAACAUGUAAAAAAAAUGUCCAGCUGAUUGAUUCCAAUCAAAAAUAUAAGAAAUCUUCUAAUGCUAGUUCAAACAAAACAAAAGAACAAAUAAAUCGUAUGGAUUCUACAUCUACUAAUAAUCCUGAAAAAAAUCUUGAUAAUAACAAGUGUUCCAUUACUACCAGUAACACUUGUAUUUCUGAUACUACUAAUGUGACUACUCCUUUAUUAACUACCAGCACUGCGGCACCUGUUAUGAUAAUUACUAAUAAUAAUGACAAUAAUAAUGAAAAUAUAAAAAGAGAAGAUUUUUCAGAGUGUCAAUGGCAAAGACAAGAAUGGAAUAAUCAAAAUCAAGGUCAAGUGCUUGGGGAAAAUACAUUGGGAAAAUUACAAAAUUAUACUACAAAUAAUAAUACUUUUCAAUUUCAUGGACAGGGUGAUAUGGAUGAAAAUACAACAAAAGAUAGUAGAGAAGAUAAUUCACAAGUUGUAACCGGAACUUCAUCAUUAUAUUAUGUUGCUUCGGAUGGUAAUUCCUAUCCUGCUGUUUCGUACGUGCCUGGUUAUACAGGUGAAUUAAUACCUGCUAAUCAAAUGAAUCGAACAUUACGAAAUGUUAAUAAUUUGACUCAAAAAGGUAUGGAUUUAAAUAGCUGUGAUUUACCAUUGUCAGAUCCAGCUACAUUAAAAUUUUUCUAUAAUUUAGGAUUAGAGUAUUUCCGCGUCAAUCAUGCAUGGAACUAUGGUCCUAAUGGACAGUCAGCACCUCCGGAAUCUUGGUGUAUAGCUGUUCCAUCUGUUGCAUCAUCAAAUACAAAUGCAUCUCAAAAUAUAGAAGAAGUACAGAAUAUUAACACGUGCAUACCAGAAAAUGAAAAACCAAUAGAACAAAAAGAAAAUACUGACAAUAAUGCGAACAAUACUAUUAUCCCACAACUGGCACAGAAGACAAUGAAUAUGUGCGUAAAUAAUGUAACCGAUUUACAAAAAGACAAGCUAAAAAAGAUGGAAAAUGUAAGGAAUACAUCACAGUUUUCCCAGGAGAAUAUUAAAGAUACAGAGAAUGUCAAUAAAGACAAACAACGAGUUAAUAAUACAGCACCACGAUUUAAAAAAAAUACACCUAAAGAUCAACAUUAUAAUAACUGCGAACAAAUGUAUCCGUACAAAAAGAAUUUUUCUAAGCAAUAUCAACACAACCCCUCGUUUUGCGAAUCUCAAAAUGUUCCAAAUUUACAAAACGGUGAUAUGCAAGCACCUCUUGUUAAUACUGUUUUAAAUCAAGUACAUGUACCUCCUGGAAUGCCAAAUUCUUGUCAUAUACCUUAUAUGCAGCAAUCACCAUAUCCAAAUAUACCAUAUUGCGAGAAUGAAAUAGAUACAUACGGAGGCUCGUAUUACUUGUCUCAAGGAGGCUUCCCUAAUAUUACUUGCAUCCCAAAUUCUGAUGUCGUGGAUGCAAAUAAUAUGCAUUCCUUUUUACCAUAUUUCUAUCCAAGUGCAGAAACAUAUCCUCCAGCUUAUCCAUCUGUAUAUUCACCAUAUAUGCAUCCUCAACAGACAGCAGCAUAUGGUGGUUUACCGCCGCAAAAUAUACACGAUUCAUGGUAUUCGGUUCCAGAGCAACAUUACUAUCUUCAAUAUGGUCCUGUUCCAGUUCGAACAGCAGAGCCUUCUGGUGAAAUAGGACAGAGUAAUAAUUCAAAUUCAUCGACUUAAGCUAGUACAUUCAUCAUAAAACAAUCUUUACACUUUCUUAUAAAAAUAUUAAAACUUAUAUGUAUGUACAUAUAUUACUUAUUAGUAUAAUAUCCAAUUACCGUUAUAAACACUGUUACUAAUAUGUCGACAUGUAAUAUUAGUAAUGCGAAUUUUUAUACACCAUAGAAUUAAUUUUCUAUUACGAAGAACAAAUGUAAAGAGAGAUACAAUUACUUUUCUGUCAUUUAUUUAGUUGAACUUAAGAUAAACAUAAAUAGCAUAUCAUUUAUAUUUUUAUAUUUGAGUGUUCUUAUUACAAAUAUUUUGCUUAUCUGUACAAGGAAAUAAUAUUAAACUUGUAUAAUACAAUAUUAAAUAUAUAAAAUUAAACUUCUA